UGGAAAGCCUAAUAGUAUACAGUAGACAGUUCGAAAAUAUGUAGUGUAGAGACAAAGUUGACUUAAUGGUGCGAGUGACAAAAGGGAAGAAUUUCAAAUAGGAGCGGAGUUAGAAUCCAAAGUAGGCGUGGGUAGAGGGGGGGAUUGGAUAUUAAAUUUCCUUAUCGGUAUAUAAACCUGAACCGGAGAGAAGAGUGGUUUAGGGUUUAAGUUUCCAAAAACAUGGAUAAAACGGUCAUCUCCUUGAAUUUUGCUUCAGAAAUUGAAGAAGAAAACGAAGCUCUGUUGAAACAAUUGCAGGAAUCUUUAGAAGCCAAUCCGGAGGAUGCCUCCGUUCACUUUGAUCUUGGGUUGUACUUGUGGGAGAGAACAGAAACAAAGGAAAAAGCAGCCGAGCAUUUUGUAAAAUCGGCCAAAUUCAACCCUCAAAACGCAGCGGCUUUUAGAUAUUUGGGUGAUUACUACAGGGGAGUUUGUUCAGAUAACCAGAGAGCUCUCAAGUGUUACCAAAGAGCUAUUUCUCUCAAUCCUGAUGAUUCUGACUCUGGGGAUGGUUUAUGUGAUUUGUUGGAUCAAGGAGGAAAGGAGAGCUUGGAAAUAGGCGUAUGCAGGGAGGCUUCCGAGAAGUCACCUAGGGCUUUCUGGGCAUUUCGAAGAUUGGGCUAUCUGCAAUUGCAUAACAACAAUUGGUCUGAUGCUGUACAGAGUCUUCAACAUGCCAUACGAGGCUACCCAACCUCUCCUCGUCUCUGGGAAGCUCUCGGUCUUGCUUACCAUCGACUUGGCAUGUUUACUGCUGCUAUUAAGUCAUAUGGGCGAACUAUUGAAUUGGAUGAUACAAGCAUCCUUGCGCUUCUCGAAAGUGGAAACAUCUUUUUGUUGCUUGGCUCCUUUAGAAAGGGAGUUGAGCAAUUUCAACAAGCUCUUAAUAUUUCACCUCAAAAUGUAUCUGCACACUACGGGCUUGCUUCUGGACUACUUGGUUGGGCAAAAGAAUGUAUUAAUAUGGGUGCAUUUAGAUGGGGAGCUUCACUAUUAGAGUGCUUGCAGGAUGCAUGUAAAGUUGCAGAAGCUAAUACUUCUUUAGUAGGAAACCUAUCAUCUGUAUGGAAGUUGCAUGGUGACAUUCAGCUUACAUAUGCAAAAUGUUUCCCAUGGAUAGAAGAGAGCCAGAAUUUAGAAUUAGAUGUUGCAACUUUCCAUUCCUCCAUAGUUUCCUGGAAGAGAACCUGCCUUAUGGCGGCCAUUUCUGCCAGAAAUUCUUAUCAACGAGCUCUGCUUUUGGCUCCAUGGCAAGCUAAUAUCUAUACUGAUAUUGCAGUAGCUUUGGAUCUCAUUUCCUCUUUGAAUGAAAGUUGUGAGCAUCAUCUCGGUGCUUGGCAGCUGUCUGAGAAGAUGGUUUUGGGUUCUUUGUUUCUUGAGGGCGAGAAUCAUGAAUUUUGGGUUGCAUUGGGAUGUUUGUCUGAUCAUAAUGCUUUAAAAGAGCAUGCUUUUAUUAGGGGAUUGCAAUUGGAUGUAUCUUUAGCUGUUGCUUGGGCACAUCUUGGGAAGCUAUAUAGAGAGGAAGGUGAGAAGAAGUUGGCAAGACAAGCAUUUGAUUCUGCUAGAAGCAUAAAUCCUUCACUUGCAUUACCAUGGGCAGGCAUGUCAGCUGAUGCUCAUGCUAGGGAGCCUUCACUUGAUGAAGCUUUUGAGAGCUGUUUACGAGCUGUGCAAGUAUUACCUCUUGCAGAGUUUCAAAUUGGUCUUGCUAAGCUUGCUCAGCACACGGGGCACCUUUCAUCUCCACAGGUUUUUGGAGCCAUGCGGCAGGCAAUUCAGCGUGCUCCUCACUAUCCUGAAUCCCAUAAUAUGUAUGGACUAGUUUGUGAGGCACGGUUUGACUAUCAUGCUGCUGUUGCUGCUUUUAGACUAGCACGCACUGCAAUUAUCUCUCCUUCAGGCACUGUUCAAAAAUCUCAUUUACAAGAUAUAUCCAUUAAUUUGGCCAGAUCACUCAGUAAGGCAGGGAAUGCUUUAGAUGCUGUACAAGAAUGCAAAAAUUUGGAGAAAGAAGGUAUGCUGGAUGCCAAGGGUUUGCAAAUAUAUGCUUUCUCCUUGUGGCAACUUGGUAAACAUGAGCUGGCCCUCUCUGUGGCAAGAAAUCUCGCUGCAAGUGUUUCUACCCUGGAGCAGACAUCUGUAGCAUCAUCUGUUAGUUUUAUAUGUAGAUUGCUUUACCACAUAUCUGGACUGGAUUCAGCAAUUAAUAGCAUUCUGAAAAUGCCAAAGGGGUUGUUUCAGAGUUCAAAAAUGAGCUUUGUAGUAUCUGCCAUUCAUUCACUUGAUCAUAGUAAUCAGCUUAAAUCAGUAGUUUCAAGUAGUCGUAGCUGUGUUUUAUCUUCUGAAGAAAUCCUGGGAAUGCAUUAUUUAGUAACACUUGAUAAAUUGGUAAAAAACAGAUCAGAAUCCCAUCUUGGAUUUCACAGUGGAAUCAUUCACCUUAGGAAAGUCCUUCACAUUUACCCAAGUAGUAUUUUGAUCAGGAAUCUACUUGGUUAUUUAUUGCUAUCAAGUGAUGAAUGGAAAUAUACCCAUGUCUCAAGUAGAUGCUGCAUAGGGACUUCUGACUGUACAGAAAAGGAAGGUCUAAAGUCAGCAUGGGAGAUCCUUGGGGCUGGAGGGGUUGCUUGUAAUGUGAUUGGCAAUACAGAACUGAAGUUUGCUUUCCCAACCUGUGGCUAUGAGUGCCUGAAUGGACCAAAAGCUGCUCAAGAGUUGCAAAAAUGUUUACAUCGAGAACCAUGGAACCAUAAUGCACGGUACUUGCUUAUACUUAAUCUCAUGCAGAAGGCUCGUGAAGAGAGGUUUCCGCAACAUCUUUGUACCAUACUUGAGCGGUUAAUUGUUGUGGCACUUUCCAAUGAAUUGUAUACUAGUAAACAAAUGUUUUAUCAAUAUCAAAAGUUUCAGCUUCUACUUUGCGCUUCUGAGAUCAGUUUGCAGGGUGGGAAUAUAACUAACUGUAUCAAUCAUGCAAAAAAUGCUUCAGGACUUCUGCUUCCUGAUAGUUACCUGUUUUUUGGACACUUGGUAUUAUGCCGUGCCUAUGCUGCAGAAUUUAAUGUUGUAAAAGUUGGAGAAGAGUAUUUAAGAUGCUUAGAGCUCAAGACAGAUUAUCAUAUUGGCUGGUUAUGUCUUAAAGUCAUAGAAUCUCAAUAUCAAGUCCAAGUCGAUACAAAUGCCAUAGAAUUGAGCUUCCAGGAAUGCUCAAAAGAGGGGAAUUAUUCAGGACAGAUGUGGAUGGCUGUAUUUAAUUGGAUAUUGGGUUUGGUUUUCAUAUGGAAACGGGAUUUUCUAUCUGCAGAAAAGAGUCUUGCACAAGCUUGUUUGGUGGCUGAUGCUGAAAGUUGCCUUUUUCUCUGUCAUGGUACCACAUGUAUGGAAAUUGCCAGGCAGUGUUGUGAUUCACAAUUUUUGGCACUUGCUGUAAGAAGUCUUACCAAAGCUCAAGAGUCGUCAUUUUUUCAACUACCUGUGGUGUCAUUAUUGCUUGCUCAAGCAGAAGGAAGCCUAUCCUCUAAAGGAAACUGGGAGAAAAACCUUCGUCUGGAAUGGUCAACUUGGCCACCAGAAAUGAGGCCUGCAGAACUUUUUUUCCAAAUGCAUUUGCUUGCAAUGCAAUCAAAAGCUGGGUCUGACUCUUCUUCUUCGAUGAGAGUGGAAUUCUGUCAGAGCCCACAGAAAUGGGUUCUCCGAGCAAUUCAUACGAAUCCUUCUUGUUUGAGAUACUGGAACGUUCUGCAGAAGCUUACAGAUUGAGUCAGGUAUGUCAUUUUAGGAAUGAAGAGUAAUUUUGUGGACUGCUUGUUGUGCAAAGUGCCUCCAUAUUAUUGUCAAUAUAGUACUGUCUUCAUGUUGGUUUAAAAUCUAUGUAGCUGAUUGACCCAUUAUGUGCUGGAGGAAUAAUUUGAACUGGAGUUCACCCCAAGAUCUCCUUUUCUGUGUAUUAUGUGAUCAUUUGUUGCUAACAUUGUAAAUCGACCUAAAAUGAUGCUGGGGAUGAGAAAUUCACACCAAAGUUACUGCAA